AUGACCGAACCAUUUCGAUAUCGUUGUCAGACAGGAUCAUCGCCAGUUCAGUAUAUAAGCUUUCAACAAUUGGGCAAUGAAGUGAACGAAUGUACAGAUGGUAGUGAUGAAAUCUCAAGUGAACUAAGUUGGUCUUCUUUGGACUGUAGGGUUGAUGAUAGUUUUGCUUGCUGGGUAUUUCGAGGUGAUGGAAUCAUUGAGAAUAGAAUAAAAGAUGUUCGGCUAUCUUUUCAUCUUUAUUGCGAUACAGUUUGGGAUACGAUGGAUGGUCGAGAUGAACGAGAUUGCUCUAAAUGGGUUUGUGCACGUGGAACUUACCAGUGCAACAGGACAAGUCAAUGUAUCAAAAGAACAUAUUUAUGUGACGGAGAAUUUGAUUGCGAUGAUGGCGAAGACGAAUUGAACUGUCCUAGACGAUCACAAGAAUGGCCUUCAGAAUUCGUUUGUCACAAGUCAAAUGAACAUUUUUGUAUAACGUCACAAUAUCUGCAGGAUCGCAUAUUAAACCGUCCUUGUAUAUCAUAUACCAAUGUUGGUGAUGGUAAAAUUGACUGUUUAGGUGGCCAAGAUGAACGUAACGUAUUCUCUUGUUCAGAUCACACAAUGCUUGGCAAUCGAUUUUUAUGUGAUAAUCAAACGAAAUGUCUUAACUAUACAACUUUAUGUAAUGGUGUAUUUGAUUGUUCGGAUCGUACAGAUGAAUAUAUUUGCUUCUGCCAAUAUGAACAGUGUAUUAAAGAACAAUUGGCAUGUUCAGAUACAAAUUCAUGUGAAAAUGGUCGAUGUAAUGCCAAAUCGAAUUGCACUUGUUCAAAUGAGACUUCUUGGUUUUGGUAUCCCAAUGCGAGAACUGCGUCAAUGAUUUACCGCUUAAGUAAACGUCGACGUCCAUCAAAUUAUGAGACGUUUUGCUAUAGCCAUUUGAGUACUCAAUUGACAACUAGUACUACUAAAACAUCACUAAUGAUUCCUGGCAAUAGAAAAAGUUCAAAGUUUCGUCCGCAUGGAGUAUGUAACAGAGGUUUCUAUCUGACGGAUGAAAGUCGUAAAGCAUAUUAUUGCUUUUGUCCUCCGAGUUUUUAUGGCACCCGUUGCCAAUUUAACAGUCGACGCAUAACUGUUCGUGUUCGCUUCGAUCGAUAUCAUCGUUUCGAUCUUCCACUAGUCAUACAUGUGCUGGUUUUACUUGUACACGAUAACCAAACAAUUCUUGAUCAUCAAAUGUUUGUCGAUAUUGACAAAGAUUUUCCAUCUAAACACACUAUCUACUUGCAAUAUCCUCGUCCUAGACCGCAGGGAAUAUAUUCAGUUCGUUUCGAAGCCUAUCAUUCAACUAAUAUACUAACGGCAUGGGAAUAUCCAAUUAGUCCAUUUAGUUUUCUACCUGUUUUUCGUCUAGCCAAAAUAUUGCGAUUUUCGGAUCGUAGUCUACCCUGGUUGUGUUCGUAUAAUCACUGUCAAAAUAAUGGAACAUGUUAUAAUACAAAUAAUGGACAACAUUUAUGUUUAUGCCAACGAGGUUGGCAAGGUUUUUUUUGUGAGAAGAGAAUUAAUGACAUAAAAUGUGCUUUCCAUUCCCUUGCACGAGAUCGAAAUAUCAAUGAUAUAGAAGAAAAAUUAAAUUAA